AUGGAGUCUCUUGUAGAUGAGAUGGACAACUCCUGGAGCUUAAACCCACAAAAAUAUUACAAUGUAAUAAACCAGAUAAUUGAGCUUUUCAAAGAGCUUUUCAAGGAUGAAAUAAUUUCUGAAGCAGCAGAAGACUUAAAAGCUUGGGAAACUAGUAAACUUACCAUUGCUGCCACUGGAGAUGGAGGAGCUGGGAAAUCUACCGUCAUCAAUGCUUUCCGGGGCUUGAGGCCCAGUGAUGUGGGUGCUGCUCCCGUACGACCAACAGAGACGACACAGAGGCCAGUUGCUUAUGAGCAUCCUAACUUCCCCAAUGUGAUCUUCUGGGACCUUCCAGGAAUAGGAACCCAAGGAUUUCCUCCAGAAACAUACCUUAAACAGGUGAAAUUCUCCCGCUAUGACUUCUUCAUCAUUGUAUGCUCAAAGCGGUUCCGAACCUGCGACGUUCGCCUAGCUCGAGAGAUCCAGGCCAUGGGCAAGAAGUUUUAUUUCGUCCGGUCGAAAGUGGAUGAAGAUUUGAGCAAUGCAAAGAAGGCUGAUCCUGAAAAAUACAGUGAAGAGCAGGUCUUAAAAAUAAUCAGGGAUGACUGCAAAAAGAAUCUGGAGAAGCACUUGAAGAAACACUCCAACCCUCAGAUCUUCCUGACUUCCUGUUGGGAUCUUGACAAGUAUGACUUCCCUCUCCUCCUGGAGACUCUGGAGAAAGAUCUGCCCAGCCUGAAGAGACUGGCCUUCCUGCUCAGCCUUCCCCACAUCUCCCCUGAGGUCAUACAGAAGAAGAAAGAUGCAUUGAAGAAACUGUUAUGGAAAAUAGCUCUAGUGUCUGCUUUCAUCAACGCUGUGCCCUUUGAAGCCCUUAAGCUAUGUUUUGAUGGUGCUCUCUUGCUGAAGACCUUGACCGACAUCUACAAGCAGUUUGGGUUGGAUGACGGCUCCCUAGCUCGUUUGGCCAGGCAGGUGAAUAAGCCUGUUGAAGAGCUGAGGGCGGUGAUUCAAUCACCAUCCGAAAAAGACAUUUGCAUAAAUUUACUGGUGAAGAGAUGUGCCUCUGAAGGGGGACCUAUUCUGAGCUUUGUUUGGGGCAUAAAGGAUCGUCGUCUCCCCACCACCACGGGGGAGAAGGCUGAGGAGAUGCUGACAACGACAACCCUGUGUUGCUCCAUGCUGGGGAGAGAGUUCCAGAGUUUUGGUGCCAUCACCACGAAGGCCGUCUCCCGGGUUGCCACCCGCCUGAUCUUCGAAGGGUCUGUUUAG